UCUCUCUCUCUCUUUCUCUCUCUCUCACCGCACAUGCGCGGCAUUGCCGUCGUCGCCUCCUCCUCCUGCUGCCGACACCCGCAACACCGCCAGCACCAGCAAAGGCUGCCGCCAGCAAUGGCGCCCGGCCGGCUGCAGCUGGCCGUCGCCGUCGUGGCGGCGCUCUGCCUCCUCGCGGCGGCGCCGGCUAGGUGCCUGGCUGCCCGGAGCAAGAAGUCGUACGAGGCCAUCUUCAGCUUCGGGGACUCGCUCUCCGACGCCGGGAACCUCAUCGCUGACGGCGUCCCCAAGGCGCUCACCACCGCGCGCCCGCCCUACGGGAUGACCUUCUUCGGCCGCCCCACCGGCCGCUGCUCCAACGGCCGCCUCGUCGUCGACUUCCUCGCCGAGCACUUCGGGCUGCCGCUGCCGCCGGCGUCGAAGGCGCACGGCAAGGACUUCAGCAAGGGCGCCAACUUCGCCAUCACCGGCGCGACGGCGCUGGAGUACUCCUUCUUCAAACAGCACGGCAUCGACCAGCGCAUCUGGAACACCGGCUCCAUCAACACCCAGAUCGGAUGGCUGCAGGACAUGAAGCCCUCCCUCUGCAAGUCGGAGAGUGAGUGCAAGGACUACUUCGGCAAGUCCCUGUUUGUGGUGGGGGAGUUUGGGGGAAAUGACUACAAUGCCCCUCUCUUCUCCGGCGUCGCCUUCUCCGAGGUCAAGACCUACGUGCCCCUCGUCGCCAAGGCCAUCGCCAACGGUGUCGAGAAAUUGAUCGAGCUUGGUGCAAAAGACAUGGUGGUACCUGGAGUUCUCCCAAUUGGAUGCUUCCCCUUGUACCUGACACUGUACAAUACCAGCAACAAGGCAGACUACAAUGCCCGCACCGGAUGCCUUCGGAGAUACAACCGUCUUGCCUUCCAUCACAACAGGGAGCUCAAACAGCAGCUUGAUGAGCUUCAGAAGAAGUACCCAGAGACAAAAAUCAUGUACGGCGAUUACUUCAAGGCGGCAAUGCAGUUUGUCGUGAGCCCUGGAAAUUUUGGUUUCAGCUCAGCUAUGCAAGCUUGCUGUGGUGCUGGAGGCGAGGGCAACUACAACUUCAACCUGAAAAAGAAGUGUGGUGAGGAUGGUGCUAGUGUGUGCUCAAACCCGUCGUCAUACGUGAGCUGGGACGGCAUCCACAUGACCGAAGCUGCGUACCGCUAUGUUGCCAAUGGCUGGUUAAAUGGGCCAUAUGCUGAGCCCCCAAUCCUGAAGUGAGAAUUGAGGUUUUUGACUGUAUGUAACAGCUUUGCUGCAUUGUUGCUGCUGCUGCUAAAUAUAUGAUAAAUGAAGAGAGCUUCAGUCACUGAAGAAAUUAAGUUAUAUGAGUAACAGUUGUUUAGUUUUUCUCUUUUUUUUUUUCAUUUGGAAGAAUGUAUAAACUGUGCCAGUAUAGAUAUCUUCCAAAAUGGAUGGAUGAACUGGUGCCAGUAUAGAUAUGUUCCAGAAACUGAGAAGCUGUAGUACAGAUGUACCAUGUUUGACAUGUUUCAUGAUUCUUUUCAUUUGUCAAAAAACUUUGGGUAAUAUAAUUUAUGGCAAUAAAGGGAUCACAAUUGUGCA